AUGUCAACUUUUGACUUUAUUGUUGUCGGAAGUGGCCCAGCCGGUAGCGUGCUGGCUGCGCUACUGGCCAAUGCCCCGGCAAAGCCCUAUGUGUUGCUCUUGGAGGCCGGCGAUCAGAAGGACGACCGUAACCUCCGCAUUGACGGAAAGCGAUGGCAGACUUUCAUGAAUGCAGAUAUGAAUUGGGGAUACAAGACUUCUCCUCAAGCGGACUGCAACAACCGCGAGAUUGAUUACAGUCGCGGCCGCUGCGUGGGCGGCUCCAGCGCCAUCAACUUUGGCGUGUACAGUGUCGGUGCGCGGGAUGACUAUGAUGAGUGGGCCCGCAUUGCAGGCGAUGACAGUUUCUCCUGGAACAACAUUCAGCAAAGAUACAAGGCGUUGGAAACUUUCCACGGCGAAAUUCCAGUUGGUCUGGAUAAGAAGUAUGCCAGCCCCAAGCCUGAGGAUCAUGGUAGCGAGGGCCCGCUGCAUGUCGGCUUUGCGCAUGAGUGGGAGAGGGACCUUCCGGGGUUGCUGGAUACCUUUGAGAAGGCGGGGUUUCCCCUCAACCCGGAUCACAACUCUGGCAACCCUAUUGGUAUGUCCGUGUUGAUCAACUCGGCAUACAACGGGCUACGAUCAACGGCAAGUGACCUUGUCAAGACCGCCGAGAAUAAUUUGACGGUUGUUACUGGUUCGCCUGUGCAACGUGUUCUGCUGGAGGGCAAGAAGGCCGUAGGUGUGGAGGUAAAUGGCACCAAGUACCUUGCCUCUAAGGAAGUCAUCCUGUCGGCUGGAUCACUUAACGACCCCCGUAUCCUGAUGCACUCAGGUAUCGGUCCCGCAGCCCAGCUGCAACAUUACAACGUCGACGUCGUUCAAGACGUCCCCGCCCUUGGCCAAGGACUGCGCGAUCACUGCUUCGUCCCCAUGAUCAAUACCCGCACAGACGAUAGCACCGACCGCAAGACCUUCUACGGCGACCAAGCUGCCAUGGACGCUGCGCUGAAGCAGUGGCAAGAGGACGGCACCGGACCCUGGUCCAAGUUUGCCUGCGAGAUGGGUAUUGGUUGGUUCAAGCUGACGGAGCAGUUGACCCCCACACUCGAGUUCAAGGCUCUGUCACAGAAUGAGCAGGAAUACCUUCUCAAGGAGACCGUGCCCCACUACGAGAUCCUCACCCACUUUCCCAUCCACUGGUUCGUCCCCGACUUCCCCGCUGAGGCUCUGAGCUACUCCUGUCUUCUCGUCUUCCUGUUCAACGCUCAGACCCGCGGAGAAGUCACCCUACAGUCCUCGGACCCCGACGCCCCUCUCCUCUUUAACCCCAAGUUCCUUGCCCACCCCUUCGAUCGUCGUCUCGCGAUCGAGGUCCUGCGCGACUCUUUCCGCAUUGCCAAGCACGAGGAGUACACUAAGGACCAUGUUUCCGAGAUGGCCAUGCCCAAGGGUGAUUCGGAUGAAGACCUGCUGGAGUACUGGCGCCAGAACAUCUCUUCCAGCUGGCACAUGACUGGAACUGCGAAGAUGGGCAAGAGCGGUGACGCCGAUGCUGUCGUCGACCCUGACUUCAAGUUCAUUGGUAUUGAGAACCUGCGUGUGGCGGAUAUGUCCGUUGUUCCUGUCCUGGUCAACGCUCAUGUCCAGGCUGUUGCGUACGUCACAGGCUCGACAUGUGCGGAGAAAUUGAUCAAGACCUACAGCCUUGUAUAA